AUGGUGAAGCUGGGGAGUAAUUUGAACGACAAGAACAACAAACCACCAUCUAACGAAGAUGGUUUUCAGACAGUUCCUUUGAUCACACCUUUGGAAGUAAAUCACCUGCAGUUCCCGGCUCCGGAAAAGGUUAUUGUGAAAACAAGAACAGAGUAUCAGCCUGACCAGAAGAACAAAGGAAAACUCAGAGUGCCCAAAAUUGCUGAAUUCACAGUCACUAUUCUCAUAAGUCUGGCUCUUGCAUUCCUUGCCUGCAUAGUGUUUCUUGUGGUGUACAAAGCCUUCACUUACGACCACAGUUGCCCAGAUGGAUUUGUUUAUAAGCACAAGCGGUGCAUCCCGGCCUCGCUGGACGCCUACUAUUCUGCACAGGAUUCCAACUCCCGGGGCAGGUUCUACACGGUCAUCAGCCACUACAGCAUGGCCAAGCAGACCAGCUCCCGGGCCGUGUCACCCUGGCUGUCUUCAGGAUCGGUAAACCAUGAAGCCAAGGCUGCCAAGACAGAAGGUCAUUAAAGUUAUGAUGGGAAAAGUGGGAGGGUGAGGGAACAACACCGUGGCUAUACUGCAUUGCUCUAGCUGAGGGUGCUGUGCUAACAGCACAACAGGAAUUAAAAAAAAAAAACCAAGUGCAGGAGUCAUCUUAAUGGAUAUUUCUUUUUGUGCAUUGUUCUCGUUGAUUUGUAACCAAGUCGAGCUCUUGUACAAAGGCAUGUUUGAUGUUGACUGUACCUUACGAUGUAAAAAUAUUUUUAAAUCAUUGCUUAACUAUUUGUUAGAAAAAUAAAUUAAAAAACAAAAAAAGCAAAUUAGGGAAACAGCCAAGGAGGAUAAAAGCAGCAAAGAGAAUCCUGCAAGGUUUUAUCAUUGCUGGAAAGCUGUGACAGAGGCUCAAUAUGCAGUGAAGGAACAGCUGAAAUCCUUUCAAGAGUAGGGGUAGAGAGAACCUGUUACAAAGACAUGGUGAUGUGGUUUGGCUUGCCAAAAGGGGGAUAUUUUGCUGUCAAACUGAAUCUAGCAUCAGUUGAUUUGCUGAUA